UUCUUCGUUCAUUCAUUGCCUUAUUACCAUUUUGCUAUAAUGCAUGCUAUGUCUAGACUUCAAUCAUAAUUGGUCUGAAUAGUAGUUCAAUACUUGGAUUUCUUUUUAACUGAAGAGUUUCAUUAUUGUAUAUGGAGGAAGAGGCACCACUAUCUCUAAGGGUAAACUCUAGGAGAAGCAGGACUAUGGUGCUCCCUAUGGAGAUAGACCCGCCUAUGCCUUCAAAAGAAGCAGUUACAGUUGAAAAGAAGGAAGUGAAGCAUUUCAUGAAAUGGGUUUCUUGGUUGAUACCAACCUUUGUCAUUGCAAAUGUGUUUGUGUUCAUCAUCACCAUGUAUGUCAACAAUUGUCCCAAGAAUUCAUAUUCCUGCAUUGCCAGGUUCCUUGGCCGUUUCUGCUUUCAGUCCUUCCAUGAGAAUCCCCUUCUUGGGCCUUCCACAUUCACGCUAGAGAAAAUGGGGGCUUUGGACGUGCAAAAAGUGGUUUACAGAAAGCAGGUUUGGCGCCUCAUCACAUGCAUAUGGUUACAUGGAGGGGUGUUCCACUUAUUGGCAAAUAUGUUUGGUAUUAUAAUCAUUGGAGUUCGCCUUGAGCAAGAGUUUGGCUUUGUGCUCAUUGGGUUGCUAUAUGUCAUUUCUGGAUUCGGGGGUAGUUUGGUCUCUUCACUUUUUAUUCAACAAAACAUUGCAGUUGGUGCUUCUGGUGCACUUUUUGGCUUGCUGGGUGGCAUGCUCUCAGAACUCAUUACUAAUUGGUCUAUAUAUGAUAAGAAGAUAGGAGCUGUGUUGACCCUUGUGUUUGUGAUUGUUAUAAAUCUAGCAAUGGGGCUUCUGCCACAUGUGGACAAUUUUGCUCAUAUUGGAGGCUUCCUUUCAGGGUUUCUUCUGGGAUUCGUGUUUUUGAUCCGCCCCCAAUCGGCAUGGGUUAAGCAACAAUACGCUCUCUCAUCAUCACCAAAUUCUCCGCUAUCCAUUAAAAAACCUAAAUUCAAGAAAUAUCAAUGCUGCUUGUGGGUUCUUUCCUUGCUCCUCCUAAUUGUUGGGUUCACUUUAGGCUUAGUUACACUUCUUCGUGGCGUUAAUGUAAACGAUCAUUGCUCCUGGUGCAAAUAUUUGUCUUGUCUUCCAACUUCCAGAUGGCACUGCAACGACACUCGAAUUAAAAAACCUGCAUCUUGUACGGUAGAAGAGACUGGUAGCGAAUUGAACAUGACAUGUUUAACAAAUGGUAUAUCCAAGCCAUUUUAUUUGCCAGAUCCAACCUAUGAUCGAAUUACAGAAUUAUGUAAACAGAUUUGUCAGUAGCUAUUGACAAAAGGGAUGGGUUGAAGUGACAUGGAUUUACUUUAUUAUAUUUCAGUUCAUUUAUUUAUGAAGUUAUCCUAAGUUCAAUACUUACGUAGACAAUAUAUAUAAGUCCAUCACCGGCCUUUAACAAU